ACAUUCGUUGACACAAAUGUACGGCCGUAUGGACGAAUAUCUCUUAGACGAUUUGCCGGACGUGGUGUUAGAACACAAAAUCGAUAUGUGUAAGUUGUUACUUCAAGUGUUGGACGUCAUAGAACCUGGCUAUUCUCGUAUAAGAGGAAUGACCUUGUACGAACUCCAUGCACCAUUGCUUUUCGCUGCUAAAACACUGUGGAACAUCGGGAUGAUCGACGAAGCCGCCCUAAAAUCGAAAAUGAUAGAUGCAUCUACUAUCUUGAAGGAAGCUGCGGCAAUUUUGUGCUUAGAACCACCGGAUACACCGGAGGAUAUUUACAGGCAACCACGGAUUUAAAGCAAGGUGAAGUGGUAUUUCGAGAAGAGCCGAUUGUUGUUGGGCCAAUAAGUUCCAACAGAAAUCCGUUAUGCUUCGCAUGUUUGAGCAUCUUGCCACCGAUUGAAGAAAAUGAGCAAUAUGUUUGCUCGAGAUGCACGAUCGCGCCUCUCUGUGGCAAUGCUUGCGACGAACGAUCGGGUCACCACACAUCGGACGAGUGUGACAUCUUCGAAAUUAACAAAGAUCUACUGAGGGAUAAUAUGGAUUGUGUUAUCAGUACAUUGUUCAUUUUACGACUCUGGCUGUUAAAAGAGAGGGAGCCGAAAUUAUGGGAGCAAGUCAAAACUAUGGAAGCUCAUUUGGAUGAAAGAAGAGACACAGAGGAUUGGGAAGACAGAGAAAUAAAUAUCGUAGCUAUGAUGAAAUCGCUCAAUUUAAUUCCUGAUAACGAUCCAUCUAUCUCGGAAGAGCUUCAACUAAUAUGCGGAAUAGUAGAUGUUAAUUCUCUCGAGCUUAGGCCCCCAGGACGCAUAGAAGGGCUUUAUUUACGAGGUUUAUUUAUGCAGGCCUCGUUGCUCUCUCACAACUGCAGGGGUAACCUUCAUCUAACUGCGGAUAGCAAUUUUAAGUUAAUCGUAUAUGCCAGUCAACCAAUUAAAGAAGGCGAUGCCAUUUGCUUUAAUUAUUCUUCGCCUGUUUUGGGAACAUUAUCUCGCAGAUACCAUUUAAAAAAUACAAAAUAUUUCGAAUGCGAUUGCUCGGUGUGUAGCGAUCCGUAUGAAAUGGGAUCGCAUAUAAGCAGUAUCCUGUGUCCACGAUGUAAAGAAGGUUACAUGGGAAUGGAGGAUCCUUUGACAAUGUCUCCAUAUGGGAAGGAAACAAAAUGGAAAUGUAACAAUUGCAGACACCGCAUAGGAGGAUGCCUUGUCAAGACCACUUUAGAUCUGUGCAAAUCAUUGAUCGAUGAAGUGGACAUUCACGAUGCUAAAGAGCUAGAUAUUUUAAGGAGGAAAUUAUUGAAUUCGCUGCAUCGAAAUCAUUUCUUAAUUCUAACGGUGAAGCAAAAGUUGUUGACUAUUUAUAGAUUCGAAGCGGUGAAGCCAAAUCCAAAGAAAAGGAUUAUGGAGAAUAUGUUGCUCAUAUGUAGAGAAAUGUACGAAUUGCUGGAAAUUAUUGAACCAGGGAUAUCUCGAUAUAAAGCAAUAAUCAUGUACGAGUUGCAUUUACCAAUGGUGUCGUUAGCAAAUCAUGCGCACUCGAGAGAACAAAUUUCUUCAAUGGAAUUGUCUUCGCGCCUUGAAGAAGCCGCAACUAUAUUGAAGAAGUCCCUAACUAUGCUGCUUUUAGAGCCAACGGACACUCCAGAAGGGAAAUUGGCCAAACGUGCUUUACAAAAAUUAAAGACACUAAAUCUAACUAUAGCCGACGCUAAGGCUUUGAGUCAACUUGAACAGCUUACUAUUCGUGAAAGAAGAAGACUACAGAAAAAUAAAUAAAUAAAGGGAAACAAAUAGACAAUGGAUAUGAAGUAUCUUUUACAUUGACAAUGAUGAUUACUAUGCUAAUAUUAAUUUUUAUCAUUAUGUGAGAAUGUAACAAAGUAUUAGUUAUGUAAAAAUGAAACAAACAUUAGUAAUUUAAAUAAGAAAAUUUUUUAAUGAUUUUAUAC